AAGCUGUGUAUGAAGUUUUAUAGAUUGGACUAUUUUGAUUUAUUGUGAUUUUUAUGUUUGUUAAGCGAAGAUGUAAAAGAUCUUUGAUGGGGAAAAGAUGCAAUGUUUAAAUAGUCCCUAACAUAAAGUGUACAAAGAAAUUGGAAAUCACAUGAAACUGUUCAUGAUGUUUGCCGUGUUGAACUGAUUUCACUCAUCACUAUUUAAUCCAUAACAUUGGCCAGUUUUCUUACUAAUCAGGCCAAAAAGUGUUUCUUCAUCUAAUCAAAUUUCCAUUAAGUGUAACUCAAUCACAGAGGACUUUAUUUUUAAUACUACAGAUGUCUCGUUAUUUAAUUUUUUCAUUGCCAAUUUUUUCUGUUUUUAGUUUGAUUCUCCUGUUUAUUUUUUCAUUCAUUAUUUACCGGUAUCGACCGAAACAUAGAAAACCUGGAAAAUUUGUCAGAACAUGUGUUAUACUUGGUCCUGGUGGACAUUGUCGUGAGAUGCUUACUUUACUGGAGAAAGUUGAUUUUGUGCAUAAAUUUAAACCUGUCAUGUUUAUCAUUGGUAAAGAAGAUAAAAUGUCUACUGAGAAAUUGAAAAACAGUAAAUUAUCUAUCGAGGAAUCUUCAGUAAAAUUUAUCAGACGUAGUAGGCACGUUGGACAAAGUUAUUUCACGUCUAUUUUCACCACAUUAAGCUCUCUAUUUGACUCUAUUAAGAUUAUUUUAAAUUUCAACUGUGAUCUUGUGAUUUGCAAUGGACCAGGAACUUGUAUUCCGCCAAUGGUUGCAGCAUAUUUCAUUCACCGACCAACAAUUGUUUUCGUCGAAAGUUUCUGUCGGACGAAAUCUCUUUCAUUAUCCGGAAAAAUUGCAAGCUAUUUUGCUGAUCAUGUUCUUGUUCAGUGGCCUGAAUUGAUUAAAAAGUAUCCAAAGUGUAAAUAUAUCGGUUUAAUGGUUUAAAGUGGAUUUGCUCAUUAAAGUGGAGUCGAACAAAGUCAAAAUUAAAUAAAUUUGAUUUAAUUUAAUGAUUGGUCCCUUCAGAGGACAUGAGGGCUUUGCCCUGAGAAAUGAAUGAUUACAUUCAAAAUUAUACUAUUUUAACUUCAAGUUAAAAUAUAGCAAUUAUAUAACAAUGACAAUGAUGGAGGAGAUAUAAUAUUAUAAAAUAUAUAAAUUGGACA